AUGUACAAUCCAUAUCAGGGUCAACCUGCAAAUAGUGGAUUCCUAUCGGGCAGUAAUUAUUAUCAACCCCAACAAGUACCACAGCCACAACCUCAAGCACAAGGACAAGCUCAAGGUCAACCUCAAUUACAACAGAAUGUUUAUCAACAACCACAACAGAUACAAUCUUCUUACGGUACCAUGCCACAACAAAAUUAUGCUGUAGGCAUGAAUCAACUCCAACCAACUUCUAAUUUACAAUCCAAUCAAUUAGGAGGAUUUCAGAGUUACCAACCAUUACAGACCCAGUCUCAAGUUAACCAACCUCAACUCACUCAACCAUUACAGCAGCAAAGUACAGGGUAUUACUCUAAUAUGGAAAAUAACCAAACCUUAAGUGGAUCUUCUCUACAACAACCACAGAAACAGUUUCAACCUCAAGGUACUGGUUACUAUCCAACUAGGUCCGCUUCUCAGCCUUCAUUGCAGCCUCAAAUAACUAAUCAACAAUCAAUGACCACCUCCUUACCACCACAAGUCACUGGACAAUACCAGAUUCCACAACAGCCUUUAUUGCCUCAACAAACUGGAUUCUAUGUUCAACAAUCUCAAGUUCCAUUAGAACCUUUGAAACCAACUGCUACUGGAUUUGUUAAUUCUUUUGCCAACAAUGGUUUAAACAAUGAUAUAAAAAUUCCUGCAAUUAGACUGUCAUUUAUCACUGCUAAUGAUCAAGCUAAAUUUGAGACUCUAUUUAGAUCUGCAGUUAAACCUGGGUCCAACACAAUCACCGGUACUGAUUGUAGAGCUAUUUUAUUAAAAUCUGGGCUUCCACCAUCUCAAUUAGCUAAGAUAUGGGCACUUUGUGAUACCAGCAAAGCUGGUGAACUGUUGUUUCCUGAAUUCGCAUUAGCUAUGCAUUUGAUUAAUAAUGUCUUACAAGGUGAUUCUAUCCCUUAUGAAUUGGAUACAAAAACAAAGAAUGAAGUCAACAGUUUUAUAGAUGCAAUCAAUUUAAGCAUUGCUUCGAGUAAAAACACUCCAAAAACCCCAUUUGAUGAAAUGAUUACAGCUGGUAUGACCACUUUACAACCUCAACCUACCGGAUUGAUGCCAUCAACAAGUUUUGGUAUGCCAGCUCAAAUUACAGGUGGUGUAAUGAUACCACAGACAAGUUUCGGUAUACCAGCUCAAAUCACUGGUGGUGCAACAGGAUUAACUACUCAAAUUACAGGUGGUGCUAUGAUGCCUCAAACAAGUUUUGGAAUGCCACCACAAUUAACUGGGGGCGUUUUACAAUCUCAAAUUACUGGUGGAUUUCAACCUAAUUUAAACCAACCACAAAAUGGUAAUAUGAUAAUGCCACAAAUUUCAUUUAAUCAACAGCCAGGAUCUGUUCCAUCACAACAGAUAUUACAACCUCAAGCUACUGGUUAUUUACCACCUUCCAAUUUUAAUCCAACUAUGCCAUUAACAGCUCAAAAGACUGGGUUUGGAAAUAAUGAAAUUUACUCCCAAACUAAUUUUGCUAAUAAAAUGACAUCAAUUGAUAAUACAGAUAACGAUAGAAUAUCUCCUGAAGAAAAGUCUUUGUUUUAUAGUAUUUUUGAAACUUACGAUUCCCAAGGUAAAGGCAUUUUAGACUCUCCAACUGCUGUAGAAAUUUUCAGAAAAUCAGGUCUAAACAGAGCUGACUUAGAACAUAUUUGGAAUUUAUGUGAUAUUAAUAAUAGCGGACAAUUAAACAAGCAAGAAUUUGCCCUUGGUAUGCAUUUGGUUUAUAGAAAAUUAAAUGGCAACCCAUUACCAAAUAGAUUACCUCCAAGUUUAAUCCCAUCCAGUAACCUAAUUUUGGAUAAUGUGAAAAAUCAACUAAAAAAUGAGGAUAAUACAAUUAAGAAUCAAUCAAAAAUUAAUGCAUUGAAUUUUAAAAAUAAUGAUGAUGAAGAUGCUUUACCUACAUUCAGAAACCGUAGAAAGAUAUUUUCCACAAACACCACUAUGGAAGAGAAGAAACAGCCUCAACCAUCAGGUGAAUCUAAAAAUAAUAAUUCAGUUACUAGUGGUGCUGAAUCUAAGUACCCACCAAUUGACGACAUUACAAAUGAAAAUACUCAUAAUCAAAAAUCUCAACAACAAUAUACAAAGGCUGAAAUCCAAUCUUCUGAAUCUAAACCUGUCCAAACAGUCACCAAAAUCUCUUUAAAAGAUGAAGUAAAAUUAAUUGAAAGAUUACAAGAUGAAUUAAAGGCUAUUCAAAUUCCAACAAUAAACCAAUCUAUUUCCUCUGACCUUCAAGUUAGAUUAGAAAAUGUUUUUGCUAAGAUCCCCGAUUUAUUCACUCAAAUUACUAAUAUGGAAAAAGAAAUUACUGAUGCCAAGAUCAAAUUAUUCAAAUCAAAGAAUCCAAGUUCUAUUAUUGGUACCGGCGCCAAUGGUGAGAUCACUGAAAAUGAUAGAAGAAAAGCUAAGAGCAGGGAAUUAUUAAGAUCCAGAAUGGCAACAUUAACUGGCAAGUCCACUGCAGGUACCGCCCAGGUUGAAUCUAACAAAUACACCGAGGAAAUUGAAAAAAUCCAAAAUGAAGGCAAAGCAAACAAAGAGGUUAUUGAUGAUGUCAAAACAUCCAUUUCUGAUAUCUCUGCUUCUCUUAAAUCAUAUUUAAUUGGGAAGUUAUUAGAUAAUGAUAAUGGUAAUUUUGAAAAAUGGGAAUUUGGUAUUGGUUUGGAACCACCUAUUCGAAAUUUCAUUCGUCAAUUGAAUAUAAAAAUAUUACCCAAUAAAUCAAAUACGAAUAGUAAAGUAGAAGCAAGAAGUGAUGACCGUACCUCUUUCUUAAAGGAACAAGCACAAAAGAGAAUGAAAGAGAGAUUAGCUAAGUUUGGAUUAGAUCGCCGUAACACUGAUCGGGCUAAUCGUUCAAGACAUGGCACAUUCUCUACUGAGAAUGUAAUUACUAAACCUGAAUCUCCAUUCAUUCAGGAAUCGUCUUCUACUAGUUUAAGUAGUAAUAUCUCAGUAAAUCAAACUUCUGUUAAUAAAGCGACAACUUCUUUACAAGAUGAGUCCGAUAGCGAAGACGAAGAAGAAAGAAGGUUAAAAGAAGAGUUAGAAAGAUUAAAAUUAAAGAAAAAAGCUGAUAAACAGAAAAGAUUAGUAGAAUUACGUAGACAGUUGGCUGAAGCUCAAGAAGAAGAUUCCGACGAUAAAGAAGAUUCGACAGUUCCUAGAGCAAAUGCUCCAAAGUAUGCUUCAAAUAUUACACAAGUAUCAAAUGCAAUACCACCACAACAAACUUCUUGUAUUCCAUCGACUGCAAAUCUAUCAGCAACUCCAACCACCACUUUGAAUACUUCACCAUUGACUAAUACUACAACUGUAAAUUCUCAAUCAUCUUCUACACAAAAUAAAAACCAAUAUUUUGAAUCUACUGUUAAUAAUUCAACCACAUCUUUUGAUUCUAAAGCUGCUGAAACUCAAAGAAAAAUUCAAAGAGGUCUUGUCUCUGGAGGUGGGGAUGAUAGUGAUUGGUCUGAUGAUGACGAUGAUGCUCAAAAUGGAGUCGAAAACAGUAAUCCAACUACCAUUCCUGGUAAUUUUACCACACCAAUGAAUGUGCCCAAAGCCUCCACCACUGAACAAACUAUGAUAGUUAACAAUUCCUCUACAAGUCUAACAUCUCCACCGGGUCCGGUACCAAUAGCUCCACCAGUACCAAGUGUUUCUGAAACAGCAAGCCCAGCAGUCCCAAUUGCACCACCAGUACCAAGUGUCUCUGAAACAGCAAGCCCAGCAGUCCCAAUUGCACCACCAGUACCAAGUGUCUCUGAAACAGCAAGCCCAGCAGUUCCAAUUACACCACCCGUACCAAGUGUGCCAGAGAGUCAUUCUGUCACUAGUAUUUCUUCAUCAACUAAUACAAUGCAAGUCCCGCCAAUUUCAUCAAUGCCUGUAGUUACUGCUCCAUCUAAUUCAUUACCUCCACCUCCAGCUUUGCCAACUGUUAUGUCCAACAUACCAGUUAAUAACAAUAAUUUGAGUAGUUAUGAUAAUGACAAUAUUGACAAUAACGAUGAUGUUUUAUCGAUUCCGGAAUCAGUGGAUUCAGAUUCAGACGCUUCUGCCUCUGUUCGUCCUGCACCACCAAUGACGAUUCCACCACCACCUCCAUUACCAAAUAUGUAA